UGUUCGGCUGGGGCAGGCACGCUGUGGCUGGCUAUUUCCCUUCCUUCCAUCCUCCUUGGGCCAAACGGAUCGCUGCUUCUGGUGAGACGCCUCCCCAUGCACAUCACUCCCAGGUGCCCUAGGGGGCACAUUUCCCACAACUCCCAGAGGGCAGGUUUCUAUAAAGUGCCACCAGUAGGGAGGCGCCAUAGUUUCACUGCCAUUUUGUGAGGUGCCGACGUCUCUCUUCCAGCAAGGAAACAAUGACCGAUAAAACAGAGAAGGUGGCUGUAGAUCCUGAACCCGUGUUUAAACGUCCCAGGGAAUGUGACAGUCCUUCAUAUCAGAAAAGGCAGAGGAUGGCCCUGUUGGCAAGGAAACAAGGAGCAGGAGACAGCCUUACUGCAGGCUCUGCCAUGUCCAAAGAAAAGAAGUUUAAGACAGGACAUGGUGUUCUACCCAGCCAGUUGGAUUCUCAGAUUGAUGACUUCACUGGUUUCAACAAAGAUGGGCUGAUGCAGAAACCUGGUAGCAAUGCACCUGUGGGAGGAAUCAUUACCAGCAAUUUCUCUGAAGAUGACCUAAAAUGCAGAGAAAUAUUCCCUUUUCCCAAAAGCCAAGAAGAAAUUAAUGCUGAUAUAAAAUGUCAAUUAGUGAAGGAAAUCCGAAGCAUUGGACGAAAAUACGAAAGGAUCUUCAAAUUGCUUAAAGGAGUGCAAGGACCUAUAGAAGUCAAGAAAGUAUUUUUUGAAUCCAUCAUCAAGGAAGCAGCAAGAUGUAUGAGCCGAGACUUCGUUCAGCUCCUUGAGAAGAAACUGGAACAUAUGAUUUGGGAGUGCUUGUCCAUGGAGGAUUAUGACAACCCAAAUGCAUAAUCUCAUUAAUGAUUGAGGAGAGAAAAGGAUCAGAUUGCUGUUUUCUACAAUGGAGCAGGAUAUUGCUGAGGUCUCCUGGCAUAUGUUACUGAAUCAAAUGGCCUUCCAGAGGCUAAGAAAUUUCUGUUAGUAAAAGUUGUUCUUUUUCCCUAAGCAUUUCAUUUGAAAGAA